UGUGGAUCCUAUAUUACAAAUUUUCCCGAAUCCUGUAUUACAAAAUUUCUAAUUAACCUUAAUUGUUUUUAAAAACUAUUUCCACAAAUUAGGUCCACGCACUGUACCUGCGUUGGAUACGUCGUCAUUUUUACGCCUGUUUUGCUAAGCUGGAUGGACCGAUAAAUCUGCCUCUGAUCGGAUGCUGCUAUCACUUCAUCGGAACUGGCAAAACACUUCGGAUUCUCCUGGACCGAUACCGUGCUCCCAUGGGCUGUUGGAUGGGACCGCAUCCGGUCGUCGUCAUUUCUGCACCGGAACACUGCCAGGCUGUGCUGAAUUUCAACGAUUGUCUAAGGAAGUCGGUCUUCUAUCGGUUCUUGGGACUGCCCGAUGGACUGGUCACUGCUGACAAAUGCAAGUGGAAACAGCGACGAAAAGUUAUGAAUUUCGCCUUCACGUCCUCAAUAGUGAAUAAUUUUGUGGAAGAUUUCAAUCAGAAAGCUCGAUUGUUCGUUAACAACUCGAAACGCUUUGCCGAUGUUGUCGAAAGAGAUAUUUCACCCAUGAUCUCCGAAUGGGCAUUGGAUACAAUAUUCGCUACGUUACUACAAUUUGAUUUGAACAGUUAUCGUGAUAAAACUGAAUUAACGAGAAGUGCGAAAAUGUUUUUACCUUUAGCUGUAAAACGUUUGUCAAACAUUUAUCACUACCCCGAUUACAUCUACACACGAUCGAAAGAUUUUGGCAAACUCAACAGAACCCGCAAAGCUAUUCGACGAGCUACAGCGGCGGCAUUGGAUCACAAAUUAACCAAAGAGAAGACUUCCUACAGAAAACUAACCCCGUCGAAUGAGAGACACAUUCGACCAAUGCUGUAUUUGGACAUGCUAAUAGAUAUGUUGAAAGAUCGCUCCCUAGCUAUGGACGAAGAGGAUCUGCUGGACCAUUUGGAGGAAAUCAUCUACACUUCCUUCGACAGUAUCAGCGCUACCCUUUCCAAUGUAUUGCAGAUGCUUGCCAUUCACCCACUCGUUCAGGAACGAGUCUUUCGAGAAGUAACUGCAAUUUUUCCGAAUGAAACAGACGCCCUCAGCCAAGAAGUUUGCCAUCGACUCCUCUAUCUGCGUAUGACCAUUAAAGAAACGCUUCGGUUAUUCCCCGUAUUCCCUGUUUUCGGUCGAAGCGUAUCAACUGACUUCCAACUAGACGACCGCACAACUUUACCGGAGGGAACUCAGGUGCUUAUUUCAACGGGAAAGCUGCAUCGUGAUCCAAGUGUUUGGGGACCCCAGGCGAACAGCCUUGAUCCCGAUAACUUCGGACUGGAAAAAACUGCCCAGAGACCGCCGUAUUCGUUUCUUCCUUUCGGUGGGGGCUCACGAAACUGUAUCGGUACCCACUACGCUAUGCUGUUGCUGGUGAUUGCUGUGGCCCAUUUGGUUCGGACAUUUCGCUUCCGGACAUCCCUACGAAUGGAGGACCUUGUGACCAGUGGCGGAGCACUUCAACGUAUCGAGAAUGGCUGCCGGGUGUCAUUGGAACCGCGAUCGGAGAAUCAUUGAUGGCCAGUGCGAAAAUUCGUUAGAAUAAUUUAAAACAAUAGCUUUAUAG